AAUAUUUUUCAUCUGUGGUUGCGCUGCGUACAUUUUUAGGUUAUGAGGAAAUGUUUUGUUAAGAUUCAAAAUAAGAGCUAACUCUACAAAGAAAUACUAAUAUCAGACAAUAAUGGCCCUGUUCAGAGCGGGCUUGCAAAGACUCGCCAAUGUAUUCAAUGCAGGACAAGCGGGUAUCCUAUCAAGACUUGCAACUACUCUGGCUCCUGUAGAGUCCAAAACGGUCCCAGAAACGACAAAGGACGUGAUCGCAGAGUGCAAUAACCUCAUCAAAAGCAAUGCAUCAAGAAACUUCGCUAUUGUUCACUUACUGGGUAAACAGUGGCGUGUAACUGAUGGAGACCUGGUAGUUGUAGAAGGCUUCUGGCCUCCUACUAUUGGAGAUAGGAUAAAACUCGACAAGGUUCUAUUAGCUGGUACCAAAGACUUUUCUCUAAUUGGCCGGCCUAUAGUACAACCAGGACUGGUUAACGUGACGGCCACUGUCAUUUCCAAAGGCCUGUCCCACACAAGAACACAUUUCAAAAAGAAGAGGAGGAAGCAGUUCAUGAGAAUCAACUUCCAGCGGGCACCACAAACUGUUUUGAGAAUAAACUCUGUUGAGAUCGCCAGUAAGAUCAAUGAAGCCCCCAAAAAUGUGUACUAGUUGAUUAUUUUAAAAUAGGUAAUAAAGAAUAGAAUUUAUUUA